AUGAUCCAGUAUGACCAGUAUAAGCCCUAUAACCAGUAUGACCAGUAUAAACCCUAUAACCAGUAUGACCAGUAUAACCAGUAUAAACCCUAUGAACCAUAUGACCAGUAUAACCAGUAUAAGCUCUACGACCAGUAUGACCAGUAUAACCAGUAUAACCUCUGUAACCAGCAUCCCCAGUAUACGCCCUAUAACCAGUAUGACCAGUAUAAGCCCCAUGACCAGUACAACCAGUAUGACCAGUAUAACCCCAAUAGCCAGCAUCCCCACUAUAAGCCCUAUAACCAGCAUCACCAGUAA